AUGGUCCGCUUCACGGCGUCGCAAGGUGCGGAUGCGAUUGCCAAGGCCACCAAGGGCUUUGACGACCUCGUCCUGUUUUCCCACGUCUACGUCGACCAGGACAAGAAGAAGUACUCGUCGACGGCGCAGCCCACGACUACGUCGAGUUUUGCCGUCCACCACGCCACCGUGGUCGGGACGGUGGACGUCCUGUCGGCCAACGAUGCCGUCCUUCCGAGCCACGUCGAACUCACUACACAGCUCAGCGCGCUAACACCGGACAACGUGAUCACAGUUCAAUACAGCGUGGUGAAAUCGCCCGUCCCGUUUGUCCGCGACCGCGACGCCAUCUUCACGCAAGUUCGCCGUCAUUUUGUCGACUCGAAAGGCCGUCCUUGCUAUGCAUGGUACCGCACAUCCCUUCCUGCCGAAGUCGAGACAACUCCUCCGAUUCAGCAAUGCGUGCGAGCCACGAUCCACAGUUGGGGGUCCGUGCUCGUCCAAGUCACCCCCCACACACUGACGCAUUUUACAGUCAUCGACAUUGACUGGAGCGGCAACGUGUCAACGUGGGUCGCAUCUCGGCUAACUUCCAAGCUCGUGGGACCUCUAGCAAGUAUGUCUGCGGCGUCAGGAAAGCAUCCAGCCGCAUCACCAACACAAGUUGCUCGAAAGCACGGACCACGGUCCCAUCGAUGCUCCAUGUGCCGCACCAAACCCUUGGGCAAGUGCAACUCGUGUGUCGCAUGUGGCCACGUCGUUUGCGCAGCGUGCUCCGACUUGUCGCUGACGGCUCCGCGCUGCCUCGCUUGUGUCGUUGGGAUGCGGAAGCGCAAUGCAUCCAUUGCAUCGUCGACCGACACGAUCCUGUCGUCGUCCAUGGUGUCGUACGAAUUCGACGGCGUGAGCCCGACGCCCGUUGCGCAGACCACUGCAGCACCAAGUUGCAAGAGCACGAGAAGCCACCUCAUGGGCCGACGGCACAUGGACAAGCUGUGGACCACGGCCAAACUCAACCCUGUCACCGACUUGGGCUACGUAGCCGAGCAGUACCCAAACGUGUAG